AUGCGGCUCUCGAAUCCAACAACAACAACCCUGACGGUGUUACUGGUCCUCUUCACCCUCCUCGAAUCGUCCUUCGCGGCCAAAUCGACCGCAGCAUCGUUCUGCAAAUGUAUAUGUUUCAACAACAGCACCAUCAUUGCCCUGAACCCACCGGGGUCAUCGACACAGUCCUCAUCGCUGCAUAAAUUUGAUAUCCGGUCGGGAGAGGAACCCGCACCCGCAUUUUCAGACGAAAAGAGGAGGGCGAUAGAGGCACAGGCCAGGGCCGACGGCAGCGAUACCAACAAGUCGCCAUCGAGACCGCAUCACAAACUCACUUGUGCUGAUUGCACGCGCGCGUUCUGUCUCGACUAUAAUUUGCCGAUAUGCAAGGGUGCGCGGGAAGAGGACGUGUUUACAACGUGUUUCCAACGCGAUUCCCUCAAGGAUGAAACCGUGGUGGUCGUCUUCAUUUUCGCCACGGCAGGCCUACUUGCGUGGGCUAUAGUCAAACCAUGGAUCGAUCGGCUUCGCGAGCGGAACUCGUUCAGUCCGCUCUCACAACACGACGGCAGCAACGGAAACAACAACAGCCUUGGUAUUGGCAGAGAAGGGCGACGGCCAGGAGGUCGACCUCAAGGAUCUGCAUCCAACGGCGUUGGGUCCGCAGCAGCCGGCGGAAGCAGAAGCGGAAUCGCCCGAGGCAGCACCACCAGAAGUACGACAUCGAAAUGGACAGGUGGAUCAGGGCCACGGCCAGGGUCAUCAGUCCACCCGGAUGAAGAUGCUCUUGACAUUGUGUCUGGAUCCGGAGCUGGAUCUGGAGCUGGAGCUGAAGCUGUUCGAUAA